GAAAUCAGUAGCAAGCCAGCAACGUCAAGCUUCACAUUAACUUCCCGAUCAACAAAUAACAAACAACCAUGUCGACCAAUGAAGCCAACCAAGUACUUCAGCGCCUGAACAGCCUGAAAAUUGUGGAAACUCCCAAGGAGCAGCGCGAAUUGGUCAGCCGGGAGUGCUAUUCCCUGGACAGCAAGAAAUACUGCCUGGUGCCAGCCACCCCCAGCAGCGGAGGACCGGGAAAGUUUCAAACCGAACUCAAGAAACGCCGCAAAAACAAGAUGAACCGAAUGUGCACCUACGAGGCGGACAAGCACUUCAUCAAGGCUCGCAAGUCUUUGAAUUUCUAAUCAUAAACGACCCGAUU